CAAGUUGGCAUUCAAAUGAGCGCCAUCUCUCUGCAAGUUUCAAGUUUCCACUCCUCAGAAGCCUUUCGUUCACUCUGCCAUUUUCUCCUUGGACUUCACCAUGUCUCAUCGUAAGUUCAGUGCUCCCCGACAUGGGUCCAUGGGAUUCUACCCAAAAAAAAGAUCCCAACGUCACCGUGGUAAAGUAAAGGCUUUCCCAAAAGAUGACCCAAGCAAACCAGUCCAUUUGACCACUUUUAUCGGCUACAAAGCCGGUAUGACCCACGUGGUACGUGAAGCUGAUCGUCCUGGUUCAAAGGUAAACAAAAAAGAAAUUGUCGAGGCAGUAACUAUCCUCGAAACUCCACCAAUGAUUAUCGUUGGUGUUGUUGGAUACAUUGAAACUCCUCACGGUCUUCGCGCUCUUACUACUGUUUGGGCUGAGCAUCUUUCAGAAGACUGCCGCAGACGUUUCUACAAGAACUGGUACAAGAGCAAAAAGAAGGCUUUCACAAAAGCCAGCAAAAAAUGGUCUGAUGAUUUGGGCCGUAAAUCUAUCGAGAAAGAUUUCGGUAAAAUGGUUAAAUACUGCAAAGUCAUCCGUGUCAUCGCCCACACUCAGAUGAAACUCUUGAGACAACGUCAAAAGAAAGCCAACAUCAUGGAAAUCCAAUUGAACGGUGGAACCAUCGCCCAAAAAGUUCAGUGGGCAAGAGAACACUUUGAAAAACCCGUCGCUGUUUCCAAUGUAUUCUCUCCUGAUGAGAUGAUUGACUGCAUUGGUGUCACCAAGGGAAAAGGAUACAAAGGUGUCACUUCCCGUUGGCAUACAAAGAAAUUACCACGUAAGACCCACAAGGGUUUAAGAAAAGUAGCCUGUAUCGGUGCAUGGCAUCCAAGUCGAGUAUCCUUCACUGUAGCUCGUGCUGGUCAGAAAGGAUACCACCAUCGUACAGAAAUGAACAAGAAGAUCUACAGAAUUGGACAGGGAAUCCAUACUAAAGACGGAAAGAUCGUUAAGAACAACGCGUCAACUGAAUACGAUCUUACGGAAAAAUCGAUUACUCCAAUGGGAGGUUUCCCUCACUACGGAGAAGUAAACAAUGACUUCAUCAUGAUCAAGGGUUGCUGCAUGGGACCCAAGAAACGUAUCAUUACUCUUCGUAAGUCGCUGUUGGUACACACGAAACGUGCCGCUCUGGAGAAGAUAAACUUGAAGUUCAUCGACACAAGUUCCAAAUUCGGACACGGUCGUUUCCAGACAGCCGCCGACAAAGCUUCCUUCAUGGGUCUGCUCAAGAAAGACCGCAUCCGCGAAGAACAGGCACAGGCCGCUGCCGCAGCACCGUCAGCACCCACUGCCCAGUAAUUAUUUUCUGUUUAUUGUAAAUCCAUCUCGCAAUAAAUUGAAAAUUUUAAAUAAAAUAAACAA